AUGGCGUGUAAACAGAAUUUAACGAUUAACGAAGUUUUAUGCUACUUAACAAAUAAUUACGAGUUUAUGAAUAAUGAUAUAUUUAUUAAUAAUGCGUCCGACUUCUACAGCUCGAAAGAAAUCUCGGCUGCCCUCAAACUGAUCAAACACGACGUCAAUCUCCUAAAGAUUGAUGUUAAUUUCGAUAUACUACGUGGUCCUAAAAAGAAAGACAAAAGGGACAAACUACGCGAAACCAUUCGCUAUUUAGGACUAGUCUGCGAAAAAAAUUUAUCAACAGAGCUUCCCACCUACGUUAGUUCUAACUUACGGGUACCUAAUAAUGACUCUAUUCUUAAAUUUAACUUCAACGAAAUUAAAAACGACAUAUGCAAUAUGCUGCACAAUCAGCAACUUUAUCUAUGCAGCAUGCUGAACGCAGCCCCUCGAGUUCAUAAAAGUGAACUUAAUAAUACCAACAACACUAACGUAAACAAUGUUAAAAGCUACUCGGUAGCAGCAGGACAAAAACAUGCCUCGUACAGCUCGGAUGCAUCAUCUCCUAAGAUCGUUCAUCCGGCUUCGUCCGAAAUCAGCACACCGCCAUCUGAUGAAACCUCGAAGCAGGGAACCCAAUCGCUGGUGGAUCACAACUGGCCACGAAGGCUCUUGGAGCACUGUUACUUCAAAAAAAAGAAAAAAUACUCCCCAAUUACUGUCGGUUCCAAACAACCUGGGUCCUUCAAGUUAUCUGCAGCUCCCUUGCCUCCCAAAAAAAUUGUUUUUGGGGUAGGCAAAUUGAAAAGCUGCGUCAAAGAAGAGAUCCUAGAACAUCUGGAAACUAUUGGACUGACCGCAGCAGAAUGCGUACCAGUCUUUAAAUUCUCUCCCACUCGUCCUCAACCUUCAACCAGUGAUCCAUCAACAAAAUUCCGCAUAACUAUUUUUAAACAUCAGGAGAUGAUUUUUACCAAUCCUGAAAAUUGGCCUAUCAGCGUGGAAAUUCACCCUUGGUGGUUUCAUGCUCGACCACAGCAUACGAUAAAACCCACUACAACUUCACUACCAAAUCAUCAUCCUGUUGACCUACCAAAUGUUAAUACACCAUCGCUGGUCAACUCACAUCGGCAUGUAGAAAACAAAGUUGAGGUAGCUUCCAUUUUAACUUCUUCGGAAGAAUCCACUCAGCCAGUCAAGUCAGUCAUGAUGGGCCUUUCCAAGCUGGUCGAACCACAUAAACAACAACAAGCCUCAUCGACGAUGGGUCCUCCCUCCGAUGUCAAUUCUGCGACAUCAAUAAAUCACGACAAUGGCUGUUAA